AGAUUUCCCCAUCAGAGUGACCCCUCACAUCAGUUGUCCCCAUCAAAGUUCCCCCAGCUCCCCCCUUACAUCAGAUUUCCCCAUCAGAGUGACCCCUCACAUCAGGUGUCCCCAUCAAAGUUCCCCCUUACAUCAGAGUGUCCCCUUCAGAGCUCCCCCCUUACAUCAGGUGUCCCCAUCAGAGUUCCCCCUUAUAUCAGGUGUCCCCAUCAGAGUUCCCCCUUACAUCAGGUGUCCCCAUCAGAGUUGCCCCUUACAUCAGGUGUCCCCAUCAGAGUUCCCUCUUACAUCAGGUUAUCCCAAUCAGAGUGCCCCCUUACAUCAACUGUCCGCAUCAGACUGGCUCAUGGAUCAGUAGAGUUCUGGGGGUACACAAGUAAAAUCUUGUGGGGCACAGCCCACCCUAGCACCCCCCUA